AUGUUGAGUAGAGGGACUUCUUAUGAUUAUUUUGUUCAGAUAUUUAACAUAAAUAUAUUUUUAUUCAAAAUGUACAUGAGAUCUAUUUUCAAAUUGAGAUAAGCCUUUUCAGUCUUAACUAAAUACACUAAGGAUCAUGAAUGGAUUAAAUAUGACACACAAACAAAGAUUGCUAAAAUUGGAAUUACAGAUUAUGCAUAAAACGAAUUAGGAGAUAUAGUUCAUGUAGAUUUCUAAAAAGUGGGCUUGCUAUUCAAAACACACUAAUCAUUGGGAGCAAUCGAAAGUGUCAAAGUUGCUGCUGACAUCUAUGCUCCUGUUGCUGGUGAAAUUGUUGGAAUUAAUGAAGAUUUAAAGGACUCUCCAAAUUUGAUAAAUGAGAAGGCUGAAGAAACAUGGAUUUUGUAAGCAAAAGUGUAAAAUGAAUCAGAAUUAGAUACAUUAUUGGAUAAAUAAUCAUAUGAGAAAAUCAUUAACAAAUGAGAAUAUUAUUAUUAAAAAUACAUCAUUAUUUAACAUAAGAAUUCUAUAUUCA